AUGGCUCUGGUAUUCAGUGAUGACGAAGACGCCGAAAGAUUCUCGGAAAUAAUCAGAAGCGCAAAAUGCGUGGUAAUUCUUCUUUUGUCGUUUUGUUCAUCUGACGGUAUAAUCUUUCACAGGAAGAAAACGAGAAGAGCAAAGAGAACAAAGGAACUUUCGAAGAUGAAGCGAGGUUCGACUUUGAAUAUUUGUUUCUAGAUUCAAUUUGUGGUUUUUGAGAUUACUUUUGCAAGACGUUAAUAAGCCACGAUUGGACGUUAUUGUUCGUCCCUUAAUGGUUUGGUUUUCGAAAACUCUAUAAACAAUAAGGAUUCAGCGUUCGCGUGAUUGUGCGGAUCCUUACGAAGAAGGAUUCUUUGAACACAAUGUUGAGUUCAGGGUAUUUUUUAAGCGAUAAAUUUCAGUAAGCAUAAAUUAUUUUCAGAAAGAGAGUUUGGGAACUGGUUUUGGUUAUUUUGGUGACAAGGGAGAGAUAGAUGCAAAGGGGAAAGAAAAGGGGACAAAAUCGAAACGCGAAGAGUUGAUUAUCGAACGUGAAAAGAGACUAAAAAACAUUGCGAAGUAGGAUUUUUUUCCAAAGAUUUAUGCAUUCUUUUGAAGUUCCAGAACAACCCCUUCGACGAAACAAAAGUUUCCGGAAAUCCUCGUCGACACUCCGAUUUCGGAGCCUCCUUCAAAAAAGAAAAAUAUUUCUGAUACGCCGAAAUCGACGAGGAAAAAGAAAAAGAAGAUCGAAUCUUCUUCAGACGAGGACAGUGAUGUGUGGGUUUAAUAGAUUUUCUUAUUUUGAAUUUUAUAUUUUAGAAAUAAUCGAAAAAAAAACCUUUAUCGGUAAUGAACGGGCGAUCAAAAAUGAACCUUCUAACUCGGAUUUUAGAGAAAAUUGUCGCGCAUCGCAUACUUAGGAACUUGAAAAAUGUGAAAUUAUCUAUCAAGUUCUAUAAAAGAAAAACAAAAGGUGCAACCUGAGUUGAACGAAACGAAAAAAAAUUUUAUCUCAAGAAAAAAAUUGGUCGAUUGACAAAGUUCUAUCAUUUUUAGUGGUUUUUUUUUUUGAAAUGAAUGAGAGGCGAUUUUUUUGUUCUGGAACAAUCAGCUUUCAUAAGCUUUUAAGCUUUUUUUUUUCUAUUUUCUCUUCCAACUAAUAGAUUUUGCUGUUGAAUUGUCGAAAAUAGGUUUUACGGAGAAAAAUGCAGAAGUUAAUGACUUUGAAGCACGAAAACUUGAAUUGUUUUCUUACACGGAGUUAUUUAAUCGUGAAGGCUGAAGUUGUUAUAUAAAUGUAUGAAGUAUGAUAUUUUUUUGAAACUUAUUCACGCCUCUGCGUAUGAGUUUUGAUUUUAGAGAAACGUCUUCUAUGAAGCGAAAGAUUUCAAAAACUUUCGAUGACACUCCGGCGCAUUCGUCGAAAAAGAGCAAUAUUUCUGAUACUCCGAAAUCAAAUGGGAGAAAGAAAAAGAAGAUUGAAGAGUCGUCCAGCGACGACAGUGAAGUGUUCGUUCAACAUUUUUGGCGCUCACAAACUGAAAAAAAUUAAAUUUCGUUUAGGAGAAAAUUCAGAAAUUUUUGAAUAAUUUUUUUAAGGACGUAAAAGCGAAUCUUUUAUACAAAUUGUUGUUAUCUAAAUAUCAGAAGUUUCUAUAUGAAAGUGUAACUUGCAAAAAGAAAGUAUUUGGAACUUUAUCUGCGUACCCUGUGUAAAUGUACAUAUGUAAUUCGCUUCAGAUUUAAAAAAACCGCCGUAUUUUUUUUUUCAUAUUUUAUUCUAUAGUACAUAAAUUUCGGUUUUAGAACAACACCUCCUCCAAGAAGAAGGCUUCCAAGGACCUUUGUCAAGACUCCAAUUUCGGCACCUUCUUCGAAAAAGGAAAAUAUUUCUGAUGCACCGAAAUCGAAUGGGAAAAAGAAAAAGAAGAUUGAAGAUGAGUCCGACGAUGAUGACAGUGAUGAGUGCGUCCAGUAGUUUUUUUUUUCUUUCGAAUUUUUAAAUCAAGAAAUGAAAAUGCUUGAUAGUAACCCGGGGAAGUUUUUAUUUUAAGGAAAAAAUGGGACAGGAUGUGAGAACAUCAAAAACUGCUAAAAACUUUUUUUUGAAUUAAAUUCACGAAUCUCGGUUUUAGAACGACUUCUUCAUCAAGAAGGAGGCGUACAAGAACCUCCGUCGAAACUCCAACAUUCGUGGCGCCUCCGCCGAAGAUAAAAAAUAUCUCUGAUACAUCGAAGUCGAAGAUGAGGAAGAAAAGAAAGGUCGAGUCUUCGUCAGACGAGGACACUGAUCAGUAUGUUUUAAAAGUCCCGGGUGUCACUAUUACUUUCCUCUCUCUACGCCUUUUUCUGUGUUUUUUUACAACUGUCCAUCCAGAAAAUAGGCAUUUUCUCUGAAAUCGCUUCCAAUCAACUUUUUGUUUCAAUAAAUAAAUGAGGCUUUUGAAAAAAGGACAUGAGAGCAUAAACUUUUUGAAAUUGGAAGGCUGGAAUCUUUGUGUGAAAGAAGGGAUAGAAAAUUUUUAUGAAAAAUUCUUCACGCUUUCUGUGAUUACCAUGCUCAUAUGCAUUGCAUAUGGGCUCUUCAAGGCUGGAAAAAAAUUUUUUUUUCACUUAGUUCUAAUAUUUUUCAAAUCAGAUCUACGCCGAUCACCAAGCGAAAGGACGUCGACACGCCUCUGACCGGAAAGAAGAAAAAAUCGGACACUCCGAAAUCGACGAGGCGAAAGAAAAGAAAGUUAGGAGAUUCGACGGAAGAUGACUCCGAUGUGUUGGUUUUCCCAAAUUAUGAAAAAAAUUGAUCAAAUAAAAAAAAUGUAUGAGAUUCUUUCAGUUUUCCGAACGUUAUCUCUCGUUUGUUUGUUUUGAAAAUGUUUCUGCUGCUUUGAAAGGUUUCCCUGACCUUUGCCUAGGGCUGUGAUUGUUCCUUUCUCUUCUGCCGAAGUUUUUCUCUCCACAACACUUUCCGCACAAAAACUAAUCCCUUAAGAAAGAUUUUUAGGGAAAUUAAAAAUUUCAUUGAACAUUUUUUUAAAUAAAAUUUUGUCAAAAAAGUUUCUGUCCAUAAAAAAAAAAGCUUAUUAACUUUUUCUUUCAGCGAAAACGACUUCGUAGCCGAAUUUUCUGCUGGUGAAACGCCAAAAUCGGAUCGGAAACUGCGAAAACGUCGAAAUCUUCGGCAGCUUCAAGAAUCCUUUGAUGAGGAAUUAGAGUGAGUUUGUGGAAGUUUGAUUUUUAAGCAAGGAAAAAGUUAUUUGAAGAUUGAGCCUUGCAAAGUUCCAGAAAUGA